CAAGGCAGCGGCGUCGCGAUGGCGGCCGAGCUGCAGCCCGUGUCGGUGUUCGGGUGCCGCCCGUGCGUACCCGGCGGGGUCCGGUUCCUGGGGGAGCGCGAGGUGCUGCACGCGGCGGGGGCGGGGUGCGUGCGGCGGAGCCUGGGGCCCGGCCCGCACUGCUUCGUCCCAGGCACCAAGAAGAGCCGGGGCGUGCAGGCGCUGGCCGUCAGCCCCGACCAGCAAUUCCUGGCCAUUUCCGAGGUGUUGGCAGAGGAGCAGCCAGCCCUGUUAGUGUGCGCGCUGGCGGGGUCACAUCAGCGGAGGAGGCUGGUGGCCAAGGGGCUACCGAUGCGGGAGUCUGUGUCACUGGCCUUCUCCCCCGAUGGCCAGUACCUGGCAGCCGCCAUGGCCCCCCCUGAGGGCCACCUCACCUUCUGGCUCUGGAAGAAGCAGCAGCUGUUGGCGAAGGCCUGCAUUCGAGCCCCGGGCGGUGGUGUCUGCCAGUUGAGUUUUAGUCCUGGAGACAACACACUGGUUUGUGUCACUGGAAAUGGCUUUUUUAAACUUUUUAAGUACAACGAAGGAACUUUGAAGCAGAUAAAUUUACCAAAGGAAGAGCCACAAAACUACCUGUGCCAUACCUGGCUGUCCGAGGAAGAAGUUGUGUGUGGCACUGACACAGGCAAACUUGUGUUGUUUGAAACUGGAGAGCUGCACUGGGAGACAAGUGUAAAGUACAGAAAACCACCCAGGAAACUAGAAGAUGGAACAACAGAAGAAUGUGAGAGGUCGUCUUAUGUCUCUUGUGAACUGGCCUCUGAAGAUGAUGGUUCACAACAGGAUUCUUUGCCUCAAAUAUCUGCAAUUGCAGCUUAUUCCAAAGGCUUUGCGUGUUCUUCUAGCCCAGGAGUUGUUCUUCUGUUUGAGAAGACCAUGGAAAAGGAAGUCUACAAGGAGAGUCAAGAAAUCUGGCUUCCUCAGGACAUGUUCAGCAGUGAGGCAGAACAGUCAUACAGAGAGGACAUUAUAUGCAUAUGCUUCAGCCCCUCUGAGGAAACAAUGGUUGUUAGCACAAGUACAAAUCAACUUUACAUGUUUACUAUGCUCUCCACCAAUCUUACGAAGAAGGAGGCAGCUUAUUUCGUUUAUCUGAAUUUCUCAGUGCACUCUGCUUCAGUCACUGGCCUGGACGUCUGUAUUUGGAAACCCAUUCUUGCUACUUGUUCCCUGGAUAGAACUGUCCGCAUCUGGAAUUACAAUAUGAACACUUUGGAACUGUGUAAGAAAUAUCACGAGGAAGCAUACACAAUAUCGCUUCAUCCCACUGGCCUUUUCUGUUUGAUUGGGUUUUCUUACAAACUACGAUAUAUAAGUCUACUGUAUGACGACAUGCGUGUUUUCAAGGAGUUUUCUGUGAGAAAAUGUAGCGAGUGCUCAUUCAGUAACGGAGGACAUCUUUUCGCUGCAGUUGAUGGAAAUGUGAUUCGAAUUUAUUCCAGCAUCACCUUUGAGAAUAUUCAUAAUCUGAAAGGUCAUAGUGGCAAGGUAUGUGCAGUAAAAUGGAGCGCAGAUGAUACGAAAUUUGUCUCCUGUGACACAAAUGGUGCUGUGUAUGAGUGGAACUUGUUGACAGGUAAAAGGGAGUCAGACUGCGUGCUCAAGUCCUGCAUCUACAGCAGCAUUGCCCUGUCUCCUGAUGCCAAAAUCAUCUUUGCUGUUGGAUCUGACCAAACUCUCAAAGAAAUUUCGGAGUCUUUGAUCCAGUAUGAAGUGCCUGCUUUUGAUGUUGUUUAUACUGCAGUAGCUGUUUCUCAUUCCGGGCACAUGGUGUUUGUUGGUACAUCUCUGGGGACGAUUCGAGCUAUGAAAUACCCAUUACCUUUGAAGGAGGAUUUUAACGAGUAUCAGGCCCAUGUAGGUGCUGUUACAAAGAUGUCCAUAACAAACAAUGACCAGCAUCUGCUUACUGCCUCAGAGGACGGCUCUAUAUUUGUCUGGAAAGUGAAUGAUAAAGUAGGUGAUAUAGUGAAAUAUGAAGAGGAAGCUGAAUAUGCUGAGGAAGUGCUGGUCAUCAGGUCAGAUAUAGAAGAGAAGAGCCAAGCAAUGCUAGACCUACAGCUUCGUGUGAAAGAGCUACAGAUAGAAAAUGAUUACCAGCUGCAUUUCAAGGACCUAUGCUGUGAAUCAAAAAUAAAGGAAUUAGAAGAUAAUUUCACUCAAGAAAUAGGCUUCCUUAAAACCAAACACCAGAUUUUACAGGCAGAGAAAGAAAAACAGGAGCUACAACACCAGUUUCAACUGUCUGAGCUGAUGAAUAAACAGGCCAGGGAGGUGCAACAGCUAGAAUCUGACAGUAAUCAGAAACUAUUAAUGGAAAAUGAGAAAUACCAGGAUCUGCAAGAGAAAUUCCAGAAGAUGCUGAAGGACUAUGUGGAACAAUUGCACAAUUUGGAGGAAAGCAAAAGCAAGGCUGUGAAGGACCUAACAGAAUAUUAUGAGGAAAAACUUAAUGAGAAAUCUGUUCUGCUGAAAGAGGCCAUGGAGAAUAUGAGGCAGCAGCUUCAAGCACAUGAAGAAAUUAAGAAACAAAUUGAAGAAGAUGGAGACCAAGAAAUCCAGGAAAUCCAAAUCAAAUAUAAGAGGCAACUCUUGGAAGAAACGGAAACAAACCUGCAUCUGAAAGGAGAAAUAGGAAUCAUGAAGAAAAGGUUGAAGAGCCAGCUGAAACAGCUCGAUGAGCAGAACAGCAGCAUUGAGGAGCUGAGGCUGGAACAGCAGAAGCUGCAAGGCAUCAUUAAGUCACUGGAUAUGGACAUCUCAGCACUGAAGACAGAGAUUCAAGGGAGAGACGACACUAUCCAAGACAAGGAGAAGGAUAUAUGUGACCUAAAACAGAAAAAUCAGGAACUGGGAAAGCUCAAGUGCAAACUGGAUUGCAGUAUAGAGGAGUUGAAGAAGCAAACAGAGUCACGUGAAAAUGAUAUUAAAACAAUGAAGGAGCAGAUCCGCAAGAUGGAGAGGGAGCUGGACCAGUUCCACAAGGAGAGCGUACAGUUAAAGCUGAACAUCACACGACUGCAACAGAAACUAAAGGCCACUGAUCAUGAGAUGCACAAAGAGAGGCAGAAGAAGCAAGAUAUGGAAACUCUCGUCAAACGAUUUAAAGCAGAUCUUCAUAAUUGUAUGGGCCUAAUUCAGGAUUCAAAAAAAAUGAAGGAAGGGAUCCGUGAGCUCUACACCAAGUAUGCGCAGCAAUCAGACAUGGUGGAGGUUGAAGCAGUGGACACAGAUUUGCAGCAGAAAUACAUGAGACAUCAAGAGUAUCUUGAGAGGAAUUUGGAAGCUUUAAAAAAGAAGGUGGUGAAGGAUCAGGAACUUCAUGAAGCUGCUCACAUACGCAUUGUGCAGGAAAAUGUGAGUCUGAUUAAGGAAAUUAAUGACUUGCGGCAAGAAUUGGAGAUGAGUCGUACCCAGGUACAUGACCUCCAGUCAGCACUAAAAUUAACCAAGAAAAAGCAAGCAAUUCAAGACACAGCUCCCACCAGUGAUCAGCUGUCCAGCCCAGCUGUCCUGAGGUUGAAUGCAGAGAAGGAAAAUGAGAAGAUCAUAGAAAUGCAGCAACUAGAAAUUGAACAGCUGCGAGACCAAAUCCAGAAGAAGGGACAAGUCCUUGCUGUUCAGCCUCUCAAGACACAGCAACAGUGACCUGGUUCAAGAGUGCCUUACACCAUUGUGGUCUCCUGGCAAGAUCCGAAAUACAACGGCAUAGGUUAGACUUCCAUAAUACUGUACUCUUCCUCUAGAAGCAUUUGUGCAGCACUUACUGCUGUGAAUACAAGGCACCAGCUUUCACUUCUUUCUACUUUCCUGGAAUCUGCCCUUUCCAUGAGGCGUAGGAGCUACGAGAAAAAAACAAUGUGUCAGCGCAAGACUGAUCUUUGUGCCUUCCUGCUAAGGGCAGGUACAUACCUUUCUCUUGCAUGUGUCCUAGUUCAGAAAAGCUGGUCAAAUUCUGCAAGCCUUUGCUGCUAGAAUUCUAAUUUGAUAUCAUUGUGCUGCAAAAAUAAAC